AUUGCCUUUCCAUUUGAUCACAUGUCAUUUGUCUAAAAAUACAUGAUGUAAAACAACAGUGAUAAUAUAAACAGCCAUCAAAACAGGCAGGUGAGCAUCUAGCAGGAAGUCUGUAAGUGUCGUCAUUUGUAGUAAUGCUCUCCCAAGUCAGCACAACGUGUGUUGUGAGUCGUAAGGCCACGUUGUUGACAGAGAGAAGGCGGUCGUCUUUAAGCGGUGGUCAGGGGGUUGCGAAAGUCAGGGCCAAUGGUUAUAAACGACCAGGGGUGGACUUCCUUUGUCCCCCUGUUCUGCAUGACCUGCUAUGUCAACACUGGAGGGACAUUCAGGAUGGAUUCUCUGAUGCUGAGGAGCUGAACAAGGUGUUAGAGUUUCAGAGUAAUGAACUCCUGUGGACCGCUCAAAAACAAGGUCUUUGGUCUUUGGAAUAUAAAAGAGAACUCACAAGCCCAUUGUGCAUUGCUGCUGCACAAGGUUUUACUGAAUGUCUGCAAUAUUUACUGGAUCACGGCGCACACCCCAACCUUAUCGCAGGAGGAAAGGCUGCACUUCACGAGGCCUGUGCCAAUGCCAACACUGAAUGUGUGGAGCUACUGCUUGAAUACGGAGCUAAUGCCAACCAGAUGACAGAAGAGGGGCUGACUCCCCUACAUUUCUGCAGGACACAACAAUCACUACGUUGUGCAAAAGCCUUAGUGCGAUAUGGCGCCACGGUGAACAUACCCAGUGAAGAAGAGGAAGAAAUAGCACUGCACGUGGCAGCUAGGCAUGGGCUGCCUCAACACGCGCAGCUUUACCUGAGAUUUGGUGCCUGUGUGAAUUACGUCAGCGCUUCCGGUGACACGCCGCUAGGGGUUGCUUGUGGGGAAGCCCCAGAAAAUGCAGCCGAGAGCCAAGAUGAUCUCUACCUCGAGGUCUGUCGUCUCCUCCUGACCUACGGUGCUAACGUUAACUUGGCUGAUAAAGAGCGCCGGGCUCCUCUACACAAGGCGGCCCGUAACGUUCAGCGUAAGAUAGUGGAGCUUCUCCUCGAUCACGGAGCUGAUGUCAAUGCCAUUGACUAUAAUGGGUGUACGCCGUUAUCUAGUGUGCUACAAAGCUCUGUGGUUCGUCAAGAGUGGUAUCCUCACAUCCUUGUUCAGACCCUGUUAAAUCACGGCUCUAUUAAAGUAUGGCCACAAGCACUGCUGAAGGUAUUAACAGCCUGUGCGGAGGCACCUAAAACUGUGGAGAUCCUGUUUAACUCAUAUACACUUGUUCCUGUAACUUACAAAUGGGUUGAAGCUAUACCCGAGGAAACGUUUCAUCUUCACAGAUCCUUUUAUGAGUCUCUUUUUGCACUGGAGCACAAACCCCGUAGUUUACAGCAUCUGUGUCGGUCUGCACUGAGGAAACAUUUUGGGAAGAACUGCUACUUACUCAUUCCCAGACUCCCUGUGCCAAACUCCCUGAAGCAAUAUCUGCUACUGGAACCUGAAGGAUGUAUUGACUAGAGUUAAACUUUGAUUUUUUUUUUUAAAGAAGGCAUUUAGAAGACAUUUUGUGUUGUAAUUGACUGUCUUUAGUUUUGCUUUUGAGAGCUCAUUCUUGUUUACACUUGCAAUGGUUUUAUGUUUCUGCUGUUUUAUGAUGAUACUUUUCAUUUUUUUGAAUGACAGUGUGGUAGAUGUGAUAAAUUAAUUUAUAUAAAUGUGCCAGUAUGCCUCACUGUCCAAAAAUGUGUUUAGGUAACAGUUAUUAAAUUGUCCUUGUGUGUGAAUGCAAAUGUGUGUUUGUGGUGCCCUGCGGUGGACUGCCAAUUUAUUUAGGCUCUACCCUGCCUGCUGUGACCCAAAAUGCUGUAUAGUCUCCAGCUCUCCCUGCAGAACCAGUGACCCUAAAACGGAUGAGCAGUUUUGAUGGAUGGAUGGACAGAUGGAUACCAAUUAAGUUAAUUUAAUUUAAUGUUUACUACAUAAUUAUGCUGUAAAUUAUUUUUCCUUAAAUAAAAUCUAUUUCAUCAAAUCUA